CACAGGCGCCGUGCCCCAAGCUUGUUGGUGGGAGAGCUGGGGACGAUGGCGCAGAACCUGUACGGUCCACGAGUCCGAAUUGGCAACUGGAAUGAGGACGUCUACCUGGAGGAGGAGAUCAUGAAAGACUUCUUAGCAAAGAGGGAUAAAGGACAACUUCUCAUACAGAGAAACAGAAGACUAAAAGAGAAUCUUUUGAGACCGAUGCAGCUUUCCAUAUCUGAAGACGGAUACAUUCACUAUGGCGACAAAGUGAUGCUUGUGAGUCCCGACCAUCCUGAGACAGAGGCUGAUCUGUUUCUGCGUGGGGACCUCAGCCUGUGUAUGACUCCAGAUGAGAUUAAAGCCCAUCUGAGCAAUGAAUUAGAGGUGCCCUGUGGCCUGAGUGCAGCUCAAACCAAGAUCCCAGUUGGCAGAAACACUUUUACUAUUUUGUGUGCGGCUGGAGAGGUCAUCGGUCAAGUCCUCAGAUACGGGCAGAACUUCCGCCUUGGGAUAACAGGAGGAUUUGAUGACAGAAUGUUAUAUUUAUCAAGUGACCACAGGACCCUUCUGAAGUCAUCCAAGAGGUCCUGGCUCCAGGAAGUGUCCCUGACGCACGAGGAUUCCUACCUGAACUGCUGGCAGGCCGCCUUCCCUCAUCCCCAGCUUCGUCUGGAGUAUGAGGGCUCCCCUGUCCCGGCAAACACAAAGAUUCUUAUCACUCACUGCCACACGAAUCGCGGGCUGGUGGCCCACCGGCAUCUUUUCCUAAGAACCUAUUUUGGAAAGGAAGCAGAGGUCGCUGCUCACACCUAUCUGGAUUCGCACAGAGUUGAAAAGCCAAAGAACCACUGGAUGUUGGUGACUGGGGUUCCCAGGAAGGACUUGUCCACCAUGUUGGACCUGCCCAAGCCUCCGGCAGAGGACACCCGAGCGCUGGAGCAAGUGAGAGAGCAGGCUUCGGACCCAGGCGCGGGAAACACACCCGAUGCGCCCGGCUGCGUGCCUCAGUGCGCACUUCCAAUGUAGCUGUAUGGGAAAUCAACCUUGCAUGCCUCAGGCUAUUAAGAAAGGCAGCGAACUCUCUGAACAUUGUAUUAAAACAAAGACUCUAUUCAGACUAUUGAAUUAACAGUGGAGGUCUAGGACACAGGAAAAAAAAUUGCCGUGGGCAAUAGCUCAGAAAUUGCAUUUGAAGGUUACCGGAUGACAUUCCUUUGUUGAUGAGCAAAUUCUGAAGACUCAGCUUCCUAUAUUUAGAUCCUCUGUAGCAGCAGCUUCUACGAGGGCUGUGUUACUUUUUAAAGCUAUGUCUUUGCAAUAAAGUUA